GUUAAUGCAGAAGUAGGCUGGAAAUGUUGAACGGCAUUAACAACUAACUUUCUCUCGAGAAAAGCCUGUUUUUAUCAGUCGCCGUCAUUGUAGUGGGUUGAAGAAAAUCGAAUCAAACAUGAGAGAAACAAUUUCAGUCUUCCUUGUGUGUUUGUUAGCGUUAUUUUCUACGCUUUACUGUAACCAGCAGGACUCGAUCCCCGAGGGAGAUCUUCUUGUGCUGACUGUAGCCACACAGGAGACUGAUGGAUUCAAACGUUUCAUUAGAUCUCUACAGCAUUUCAAUUACAGUGUUAAGGUACUUGGGAUGGGUGAAGUAUGGAAGGGUGGAGAUUACAUGUCUCCUCCAGGUGGAGGACAGAAAGUGCGUCUGCUGAAGUUUGCUUUGGAUGAGAUAACAGAAGACAACAAAGUUAUUCUGUUUGUGGAUAGCUACGAUGUUAUCUUUUCUUCUGGUCGAAAAGAGCUGCUAAAGAAGUUUCAGCAAACCAAGCACAAAGUUGUGUUUUCUGCCGAAACUCUUAUAUGGCCAGACCGCCACCUGGAAGACAAACAUCCUCACGUUAGGGAAGGGAAACGGUUUCUCGGAGCAGGAGGUUUUAUUGGCCAUGCACCCAAUCUCAAAGAGAUGCUUUCUGAUUGGUCAGGAGAAGAUAAUGACAGUGACCAACUCUUUUACACAAAAAUAUUCAUCAACCCAGACAAAAGAAAAUCUAUAAAUAUAACUUUGGACAAUAGAUGCAGAUUAUUCCAAAAUCUUCAUGGAGCUCUUGAUGAGGUUGUGCUGAAGUUCGAAGAUGGACGUGUGCGAGCCAGGAAUCUGCUUUAUGACACCCUUCCUGUUAUAAUCCAUGGCAACGGACCCACCAAACUCCAGCUAAACUAUCUUGGCAACUAUAUUCCGAAUGUGUGGACAUUUGAAACUGGCUGUACGACUUGUAACGAGGAACCUCUUUCUGAACUCCAGGAAAGUGAACAUCCCGGCAUGGUUAUUGGUGUCUUCAUUCAGCAGCCCACCCCAUUCGUGACUGUGUUCUUUGAUCGCUUGCUCAAGCUCAAAUACCCCAAAAAACGACUCAGUUUAUUCAUUUAUAAUAAGGAACCACAUCAUGAAAAACAUGUCGGAAAAUUUUUGGAGGAUCACGAGUCAGAGUACCAGGCUGUGAAGCUGGUUGGACCUGAGGAGGGUAUAGAUCCUGCCACCUCACGUAACAUAGGCUUCGAUAUGUGUCGAGAUGACAUUCACUGUGAAUACUUCUUCAGCAUAGAUGUGGAGGUGGUUUUAAAAAAUGAAGACACACUUAAAAUCCUAAUUGAGAUCAACAAGCCUUUUAUUGCUCCAAUGAUGACCAAACCUGGGAGACUGUGGACAAACUUCUGGGGUGCACUCAGUGCAGACGGGUAUUACGCCAGAUCGGAGGACUACGUGGACAUAGUUCAGGGAAGCAGAGUGGGUUUGUGGAACGUGCCAUAUGUGUAUCACAUUUUCUUGGUGAAAGCAGAUGUAUUAAGGACUGACCUCAAAGCCCCUGACCUGUUUGAGUCUGCAACACUUGAUCCAGAUAUGGCCUUCUGCGCCAAUGUCCGAAAUAAGGGCAUCUUCAUGUUUGUAACAAAUAUGCACACUUUCGGUCGAGUAUUAUCUGUAGAAAAUUACCAAACAAACCACUUGCACAACGAUCUCUGGCAGAUCUUUGAAAAUCCUUUGGAAUGGGAGGAGCGAUACAUUCAUAAGAACUAUUCAAAGAUAAUGAGAGACAAUCUUGUAGAAACUCCAUGCCCUGAUGUGUACUGGUUCCCUGUUCUCAAUGAAGUGGGCUGCAAUCAUCUUGUUGAAGAGAUGGAGAAUUUUGGCCAGUGGUCAGGAGGUGGAAAUGUGGAUCAAAGGAUCCAAGGGGGGUAUGAAAAUGUCCCCACAGUCGAUAUUCACAUGAAUCAAGUGGGGUUUGAGAAAGAAUGGCGAAAGUUCCUGGUCGAUUAUAUAGCACCAGUCACAGAGAAAAUGUUUCCUGGGUACCACACAACGGCACACUUUGACCUGGCAUUUGUAGUUAGAUAUAAACCUGAUGAGCAGCCUGCUUUAAGACCUCAUCAUGACGCCUCCACUUUCACUAUCAAUAUGGCACUCAAUCAAGUGGGAAUUGACUAUCAGGGUGGAGGCUGCCGGUUCUUGAGGUACAACUGCUCGGUUGAAGCCCCCAGAAAGGGCUGGGCGCUCAUGCACCCGGGACGCCUCACUCAUUACCACGAGGGCCUGCCCACCACAGAGGGGGUUAGAUACAUCCUUGUCUCAUUUGUGGACCCCUGAGUUGAGAUCUUUUUUUAUCAGAAACUUGACUCUACUUUUAAUAAAGAAGAUAGCAUAGCUCAUCAAAAAUAAGAAUCAACAGGUUUGUGCUUGAACAUUUAAAAAAUGUGCCUUAAUUUGUGAGUAUGUCAGUGUAAAUAUUUUGUUACAUUAAGGUAAUACUAAAGGUUGAAAGCAGUUUUGACAGAUCACUUUUUGACUUCUAUGCAAUGGCUUUUUUUACUCCAUUCUAAUUUAUUUCUCAGAGGUGAUGUGAAUUUAUUCAUUACAUACUGAUAACAAAAUCAAUGGACAUUUGUACCCUUUUUAGCUUUGAAAUUCAACCAGCAAAUCACAUUGUUUUUAAUAAUGCCUCUUAAGCAAUUCGUGCUGUUUUUUAGGCUGCACCAAAACUGACAUAUAAAUGUAUAGCUUAAUAUUAUUUAGAAAUGUUUUGUUUUGCCUUGUUUAUGAAUCAGUUGGCUUGUCAUAACUUGUGGAAAAAAUAAAAGUAAGGAAAAACUAAUAUAUUCAAGUUAAUUUAUUCAUAAUAGUCACACUUUAUAUGUGGAGUCCUUAAAUAAUAUGUACUGUACUUCCAUAAGGCAAAAAACAUUUUAUACUAUGUACUGACAUUAUUGUGCACAUUAUGUUGUUUUAGGCAGGUUUAGUGGGUCAAGAGUGUAAUUACACGCAGAUACUUAAGUACAAUUUAACAACUCAUGUCGUAUUUACAAAAUAGGUCAAUUGCAUAUAUGUGACCCUGGACAACAAAACCAGUCUUAAAUAGCACAGGAACAUUUUUAGCAAUCGCCAAAAAUACAGGGUAUGGGUAAAAAUGACAGAUUUUUCUUUUAUGCCAAAAAUCAUUAGGAUAUUAAGUAAAGAUCAUGUUCCAUGAAGAUAUUUUUAUAAAUUUCCUACAGUAAAUGUAUAAAAAGUGUAUUUUUGUGAGUGGAUGGCCUGCUACAGUGCCUCUGAUUAACAACUUCAAAUGCGAUUUUCUCAAUAUUUUGCUUUUUUUUGCACCCUCAGAUUCCAGCUUUGUAAACGGUUGUUGUUCCGCCAGAUAUUGUCCUAUCCUAACAAACCACAUAUCAAUAGAAAGCCUAUUUCUUCAGCUUUCAGAUGAUGUAAAAAUCUCAAUUUUGAAAAAUUGACCCUUAAGACUGGUUUUGUCAUCUAGGGUCACAUAUUGUAUUUCAGUCCAUAGUUGUUAAAGACACCUAAAAUAAAGUAUCAUACCAAUCAAUUAAAUAAAGCAUCAGUCAUAGAAGUAUGAAGUUAGAGCAUAUAAACUUUUGCACGUCAAGAAAGAAUAACUGGGGUUAUUUUACCAUAAACACAGAUUAGAAAGUUAUUGAUGAAAAAAGCAUUUCAAUAACAUUUCUUUUUCUUUCUUUUCACUAUUUAUUUUUAAUGUCUAAAAUGUUUCGGUCAUUCUGGUGUAAAUCAAUGUCCAGCCUAUUGUUCCCUAAUGGGACUUUACUGUGUGAUUUCUUGUAACAAUUACAAUAAGGUUCCAUUAUGCAUUCGGGCAAAUCCAGCGUUACGGAUGUGACAUUUCAAGUUUUGACUGAAAAUAAAAACUUUC